GAGGCUUGUCCAGAAGAAUGAUACAGGUAUGUAUUCAUCGAUUGCCCAGUUUCAGAGGCAGUGGUGGCUUGCCCAUCACGCUGCUCGGGAUUCAAAGACUGGUUAUAUAAUAUAACCCCAGCCGGACAAGGCUGUCCGGCCCACUGUAACAAGCCUCUUUUGUACAAAGGGAACUUCGGUGGAAGAACAUCCUUCCAGAAGCACUUUUGUCUAUCCCCAGCUAGUCUAAUAUUACUACUUCUAAUGGUUCCCCAAGCUAUGUCCACUUUCUCCCUCUGUGUUUCAUUCUUCUUCUUAUCCGGCGUGUUAGCAAAAGAAGAGACUGGGCCUGUGAGGGACCAGGACUGUUCGACUUACGUCAAUGCGAACUCCACUUCUGCUUCUUGCGAUGAUGUCUGGGGUAUGGUAUGCACUGGCGGCUGUACCGGCUACGUCACUGCUACCCAAUGUACGACUAGUCACGAAAUGAACGACCAAAGGCCGCCGUUGACCAGUGAGAAAUGUACCGUCUCAUAUGGCAAGUCAUCGGCGACGAUGGCUCUCUGCAUUACCCCGCAUCAGACUUUCACUUGCUACGGCCCGACGACUGGAAAAGCUAGGUGCAAAGCCUGUAAUGAACCUCCUCGGCUGAUCGAUAACCCUCCUGACAAAGGAAGCCCUGGAGGGAGCGGGAAUAGAAACGGCGGUGGGAGUGAUAACAAGCCCCCUGCCGGAGACAGUCCUCAAGCCGACAACAAGAGCAACAGCCCUCCGUCUGGAAACACCUCCACACCUCAAGGUAACUCUACCACCGGUAAUCCCAACACUCCACCAGCAACAAGCGGCGGGGGCGGUUUAUCACCUCCCACAAGUGGCAAUAAUGGUUCCCCUAACAAGGGCGACAGUCCAAAGGAUUCCGCUGCCACAAUCCCGGAAUGCAAUCGCUUUUUCUGGGCCUUCACUCUCCUCCUGUCUUCCGCUUUUCUCUAAUAAGCUUUAUGUAGGUGCCAAGUCAUCGCUUACACACGAAUUACUUUACUUCAGACAGACACGCAUUUUUCAUUUU